UCAGUGCAAGCCUUUUUGUCCAGUUGCAGCCAGAAUGGGUUCAGUAACACACGCACUGUACCUCUUCAUUCUUGUCCUGCGUUUUGCACUUUUCCGUAUCUCAGAAAGCACUACAACUACCACAGAUUCACCUUUCAACACAGGAAAUGCAGCAGUAACCACUCCCAGAGAUUCACCUUUUAACACAGGAACUGCAGCAGUAACCACUCCCAGAGCAUCAAAUUUCAGUACAACCAUAUGGUCUUUCCUGAACGGAACUGCAACUGGAGGUUGGAAUUCUUCCACAAACAACUCCUCAGACACUACACCAUCAUGUGGAGGACUCGUACAACAAUAUUAUGGAUUUAUAAAUACACCAAUGUACCCCAACUCUUAUCCUCCUGAUUCCUACUGUGUGUGGGACAUUCGGACCUAUGUAGGUUUUUAUAUUGAACUGCGAUUUCUGGAUUUUAAUCUGGAACCUUCAUACGACUGUUCUUACGACUGGGUGAUAAUAUAUGAUGGGAUUCCUGGGUAUUCUCCUCAGUUAGGAAAGAUCUGCCAUCCUGGAAAUUACACAUUCACUUCAUCCUCUAAUAUCAUUGGAGUUGAGUUUAGGAGUGAUUCAAGCAUUCAGCAUAGUGGCUUCCUUGCAGAGUUCACCUCAUUUUACCAAUACAGCUGGACAGACUUGCCAACAAAUGUAACGUAUGACCCAGACUAUCCACAAAAUGCAACCGAUGACCCAGGUUAUCCUAAUUCCACGUAUCCAUGGGUAACUGGGAGUUAUCCUAAUUCCACGUAUCCAUGGGUAACUGGGACACCAUCAUAUGGUUGUGGGGGGGUCUUAACAGGCAGAACAGGAGUUAUUUCCAGUCCAAAUUUUCCACAACUCUAUCCAAAUUAUGCAUUUUGCAGCUGGCAAAUCCGAGUUCCUCCAAACAAGCAAUUGGAGUUAACAUUUCUACAUAUAGACUUGGAGAUUGCACAGAAUUGUAUAUAUGACUCUGUGACAAUAUAUGAUGGGAUCCCACAGAGCUCUCAGAUAAUGAGGAAAAUCUGUACACCAGUGAAUGAAACGUUCACCUCUUCUACUAACGUCAUGGGAGUUGUAUUCACAAGCGAUGGGAGUGUACAGCGUUCUGGUUUCCAGGUUGCAUACACCGCUGUAGACAGAAACAGUCAAGAAGUGAACUGUGGAGGGAUUCUGACCAAUUACUGGGGCACCAUCGAAAGUCCAUUCUACCCAUAUUCGCAUAGACGUGCAAAUUGUGCUUGGCAUAUACAAGUUGGCAGUGAUCAUGUGGUCCAACUCUACUUUAUUGAUUCAGCACUUGGACACUGUGGGAUGGGAUAUGUAUCUGUGUAUGAUGGAACACCAUAUAAUUCCCCAUUACUUGGGAGUUUCUGUGGCUCAACCACACAGUCAUUUCUUUCUUCAUCUAACAGUCUGAGUGUAAUUUACACCAGCAGCGGAAGUAACAGUAGUUUUGUAAGAGGAUUCCAUGCUUAUUAUUAUGCUCAAUAUCAGAGCAGCCAAAAUGUGACACUUUCAUGUUCAUCAGACUACAUGACAGCUCGUAUCUCAGUUUCAUACCUUCAGUCAUUUGGUUAUUCGCCGUAUGAUCUAUACUUAAAUGACCCUCAAUGUCGUCCUUAUAACUAUGGAGAUUGGGCUGUUUUCGAGAUCUAUUACAACCAAUGUGGCACUGUGAAACAGGGUGGAGGAGAUACAAUCAGCUAUUUGAAUUCUGUGUUUGGAUUCCGUUCUCGACAAGUAAUCCAAAGAAGCAAAAAGCUUAAGUUGAACCUGCAAUGCUUGCUGUACCAGAACACCAUGGUAGAAAUUAUGUAUCAAGCUGAUGAUACCGUGGAGAGGAAUGUGAACAAAUAUGGCCUCUACUCUGCUAGCCUGUCCUUAUACUCAUCACCAUAUUACUACUACCCAGUAUACCAGUGGCCAUACUAUGCAAGGCUUAAUCAGAAUUUGUAUUUCCAGGCAAUAUUGCACAACUCUGACCCUGACCUCACUUUAUUUGUAGACACUUGCGUAGCAUCACCUAACCAAACAGAUUUUGUAACCCAGACGUAUGACCUCAUUCGCAAUGGAUGUAUUAAAGAUUCUACAUAUGCAGUCUAUCCAAGUCCCUCUUCAAACAUUGUCCGCUUUGGAUUCAGUGCUUUUGGGUUUGCCAGCCGAUACUCAUCAGUUUAUCUUCAGUGUAAAUUGACUGUGUGCCAAAGAUAUGAUUACAACUCCCGUUGCAACCGUGGCUGCAUCACCAGAAGGAGGAGGACUGCAGAGAUUUCCCAUGGGUCAAGUGAAAUAAUAAUAAUAGGACCAAUUGAACUACAGGGAGACUAAAAUAACACUAUACACAUUUUAACAAUAUACAAUAACAUUUUAGUUAAAAUUAAUACUAAUCUUGCUAAUAUUUUAAUGAAGCUAACAUCCCACAGAAAUAACAAAAGUAAAUACAGUGUUACUGAAAUGUGGCUGAUGAUUUUUACUAUUGAUUGGUGUUCAUUAGCAGAAAUGAGGGGCUACAAUGAAAUGCAUAAGAAUAAAAAUUAGUAUUGCAGAAAUGUAUUUGAAAAUGCUAGUAAAAAGAGUUUGAUUAUUUUUCAAUAUUCUGCAUAUCAAAAGUAAAUGCACUUUUAUAAGGUUUACUUUA